AUGAUAUUAGUAAAUCAACUCAAUGUGAGCGGAUUCACAAUCCAAGGAAUUACUGAUGCUUACGAUCUCCAGUUACCUUUGUUUUUCCUGUUCCUUCACAUGUACCUCAUUAUUAUAUUUGGGAACAUCACAAUUUUUGCUGCCAUCUCAUAUGAUUCUUAUCUCCAUACUCCCAUGUAUAUAUUCUUAAUGAAUUUAUCAGUAAAUGACAUCUCAUUAACCUCAACAGUUCUGCCUACAAUGUUAUAUAAUCUCUUUACACACCACAAAGGCAUAUCAUUUGCAGGCUGCAUGACUCAGAUGUACAUUUAUUCCUCCUUCAUUUGCACUGAAGCCGUCCUUUUGGCAGCCAUGGCGUAUGAUCGCUAUGUGGCCAUCUGUCACCCUCUUCAUUAUGUUUUUCUAAUGAGCUGGAAACGGUGUGUUCAUUUUAUUGUUGCCACAUGGACCAUUGGUUUUGCAGUCAUUAUAGGAUAUCCUGUUCUUAUAUCUGAGUUACCCUUUUGUGCUUCACAUCUUAUUAACCAUGUUUUCUGUGACUUGAGCCCAUUGAUGAAGUUAUCAUGUGGUUCUCCAUUUAAUGUUGAGCUUUUGACCUAUAUUGAAGGGAUAUUAGUGGGUUUUACUUGCUUUUUAUUUAUAUUGAUCUCUUACAUUUUUAUUAUAUAUUCCAUUUUAAAAAUCCAGUCUUCUGAAGGGAGGAAAAAAACAUUCUCUACCUGUGGCUCACACCUCACCUGUGUCUCUAUCUAUUACGGAUCAAUCAUUUGUCUGCACAUGAGACCCUCAGCAAACUAUUCACCUAACAUGGACAGAUAUUUCUCACUUAUCAAUAUUAUCCUGGUUCCUAUGUUAAAUCCUGUCAUUUAUAGUUUUAAAAAUCAGGAGGUUAUAAGUGCUUUAAUGAAACUAAAAAAAAUGAGUGUGUGA